CUUUACUUUUUUUUUCAAAACACACGUGUGAAGUGUUACCUGAUCAAUUUUUUUGCAAAUGCAAAUUUCUGUUGUAAUUACGAUUAAUUAAUCUCAUUAUAGCUAUUGCAAGUUAGCAUUUUACGUGCAUAUUCUACGAAGGUUUGAUCAUCCUACUUCGUAAUGGGUUUACCGGAGAAAGUCUUGAUGCGAAAGAUUCGUACAACCGAAGAGAAAAAGAUAAAGAUGAAGAAGAAAAAAAACAAAGAACUAAAAAAUAAAACCGUAGCAGAAGAAGAACCACAGCAACAAGAAGCAGAAGCUUCAGAUACAACACCUCAAGUCGUAGAUGAAAAAUCAUUCGUUAAUUUAAGGGAUAAAGUCUGCGAGCAAACGUUGACCGCUAUAACCGAAAUGGGUUUCGAAACGAUGACCGAUAUUCAAGCACGUGCGAUUCCAUAUUUACUAGAAGGUCGCGAUUUAGUCGGCUCAGCUAGAACUGGUUCGGGAAAAACAUUAGCAUUUCUCAUUCCAGCCAUCGAACUGAUUUAUAAGUUGAAAUUCAUGCCUCGAAAUGGCACAGGUUGUUUAAUCAUAUCUCCUACUCGAGAAUUAUCCAUGCAGACGUUCGGUGUACUUAAAGAGCUAAUGAAACAUCAUAAUCACACUUACGGUCUUCUAAUGGGCGGAGCUGAUCGGAAAGCUGAAGCUCAGAAACUAUCCAAAGGUAUCAAUAUCAUCGUAGCCACUCCUGGUAGAUUACUCGAUCAUCUGCAAAAUACACCGGACUUCUUGUACAAAAAUUUACAAUGUUUGGUUAUCGACGAAGCUGAUCGUAUUCUAGAUAUCGGAUUCGAAGAAGAACUUAAACAAAUUAUCAAUAUUUUACCAAAACGCAGACAAACGAUGAUGUUCAGCGCUACGACCACCGAAAAGACCGAAGCUCUGACUAAAUUAGCUUUGAAAAAAGAACCUGUCUAUAUCGGAGUUGAUGACACUAGAGAAAGUGCUACUGUUGAAGGCUUAGAACAAGGUUACGUAGUUUGCCCAUCAGAAAAAAGAUUCUUACUGCUGUUUACAUUUCUGAAGAAAAAUCGCAACAAGAAGAUAAUGGUUUUCUUCAGCUCUUGUAUGUCGGUUAAAUUCCACCACGAAUUACUAAACUAUAUCGAUAUGCCAGUUAUGAGCAUUCACGGAAGACAAAAACAACUCAAACGAACGACUACAUUUUUCCAAUUUUGUAACGCCGAAAAGGGUAUAUUAUUGUGUACAGAUGUAGCUGCCAGAGGUUUAGAUAUUCCAUUGGUCGAUUGGAUCGUCCAAUUCGAUCCACCCGAUGAUCCUAAAGAAUACAUUCAUCGAGUAGGACGUACUGCCAGAGGAGCCAACGCCAGCGGACACGCUUUACUCAUUUUAAGACCCGAAGAACUGGGUUUCUUACGAUACUUGAAACAAGCCAAGAUCCCUCUAAACGAAUACGAUAUUUCAUGGGCAAAAGUAACCGACGUUCAACUCCAAUUGCAGCAAUUAAUUCAGAAAAAUUACUUCCUCCAUAUGUCGGCUAAAGAAGCAUUCAAAUCGUACAUUAGAGCUUACGACGCGCAUCAUAUGAAAGAUAUUUUCAACGUAGAGACCAUCGACUUAGCUAAAGCUGCAGCGUCGUUUGGAUUCAUCGUACCUCCGGCUAUCGACUUGAGUGUCGGAUCUAGUAAACAGAACAGACCGAGGAAGAGGAAAGCUGGAGGAGGAUUAGGAUAUUUUAAUACCUUAAACAAGAAACCCAAAAGUAGUAAUAAGCAAUACACGUAUAAGCAACCGAAGAAAAAUACAUGAUUGUUUUACAGAGUUGAAUAA